CACAGAGGGGCGGGUUAUCAACAACAGACGGUCUGUGGAGCUAACGUUACUGAGGGACAGAGCUCAAGUGUUGUUUUGAAUUUGCUGGAAGACACCGACUGGAAAGGGGGCUAGGGUCUUUGGAGAAGAUGGCGGAUGUAGGAGGUGAUGAAACUCGGUCAGAUCUUCCUUCAGUAUCCCGUAACGGUCCAGUCGUCGGUCCGUCCGCGGGCCAAAACACAGCUAUCGUAACGUCAGGUCCACGGACGGUGAGGAUCGUCAAGUCGGAGUCGGGAUACGGUUUCAAUGUUCGCGGUCAAGUUAGCGAAGGGGGACAGCUUCGGAGCAUCAACGGGGAACUCUACGCUCCUCUUCAGCAUGUCAGCGCUGUUUUGCCCGGAGGUGCGGCAGACCGAGCUGGGAUAGCAAAGGGUGACAGGAUCCUGGAAGUUAAUGGGGUGAGUGUGGAAGGUGCCACCCAUAAGCAGGUGGUGGACCUGAUCCGGGCGGGGGAGAAGGAGCUGGUUCUGGCUGUGCUGUCUGUUCCACCUCAGGAGGCUGAUGGAUUGGAAGGAGGAGAGGAUGUUCAACCCAACUAUGACUACAGUGACAAGCAGGCAGUGCCCAUUUCCAUUCCCACAUACAAACAUGUAGAGCAGCACUCCGAGAGGUUUGUGGUGUACAACGUGUACAUGUCAGGCAGACAGCUGUGCUCAAAGCGCUACCGGGAGUUUGCUAUCCUGCACCAGAACCUGAAGAGGGAGUUUUCCAACUUCAACUUCCCGAAGCUUCCCGGUAAAUGGCCGUUCUCCCUGUCUGAACAGCAGCUGGAUGCUCGUCGCAGAGGCCUGGAGGAAUAUCUCGAGCGAGUUUGCUCUGUGCGGGUGAUCGGGGAGAGUGACAUCAUGCAGGAGUUUCUCUCUGAAUCAGAUGAGAACUACAAUGGAGUGACAGAUGUAGAGCUGCGGAUAGCCCUGCCAGACAAGACCACCAUCUCUGUCAGAGUCCGCAAGAACAGCACCACAGACCAGGUGUACCAGGCAUUAGUGUUGAAGGUUGGAAUGGACAGUAUUAUGGCGAGCUACUUUGCCCUUUUUGAAGUCAUCAACCACUCUUUUGUGCGGAAACUGGCGCCUAAUGAGUUUCCCCACAAGCUUUAUGUGCAGAAUUACACAUCGGCAGUGCCGGGGACUUGCUUGGCGCUCCGCAAAUGGUUGUUCAGCUUCCAGGAGGAGGAGUUGCUAAGAGACAACCCGCUGGCACUGCACUACUGCUUUCACCAGGCAUUGGAAGAUGUGAAGAAGGGAUUCAUAAAAACAGAGGACAAAUCCUACCAGCUGCAGAAGCUGGCAGAGCAGCGCAAGAUGGCCACGUACCUGAGUCUACUGCGGACAUGUGAGGGCUACAAUGAGGUGUCGUUCCCCCACUGCUCCUGUGACUCCAGGAGGAAGGGACAUGUCAUCACAGCUAUCAGCAUCCAUCACUUCAAGCUGCACGCUUGUACUGAGGACGGCACGCUGGAGAACCAGGUGAUAGCUUUUGAGUGGGCGGAGAUGCAGCGCUGGGACACCGAUGAGGAGGGGAUGGCUUUCUGCUUUGAAUACACCAGAGGAGAGAAGAAACCUCGCUGGGUAAAGAUCUUCACACCAUACUUUAACUACAUGCACGAGUGCUUUGAACGGGUCUUUUGUGAGCUGAAGUGGAGGAAACAGGUUGAGGAAGAGGCAUCUGACAAAGACAACAAAAACUGCAGCAACAACGAGUAUUUGCCUCCUCUGGAAACACAGCAGAAGGGAUGGCGCCACCUUGGGGGUGAGAUUGCAACUUCCUAAAAGGAUUUGUCUUCACUCAAACUAGAACUGGUCCACUUGCAUCAUCACAACCACCCCAGAGAGCGCCCAUCGACAGACACGGAACAGAGUGACAGACUGAGGCAAUCCAUGCCCCGAUAAACAAACUGGAAGUGACCAAUUUGCGAAAUUGGAAUGGUCACACUUAACCGACCCCAGGGAUACACACAGCAAGAAGAGCAACGAAGGAGAAUAAACAAAAGUCAACUUUCAUGUCAUUUACUAGAUCUCCAUAGCGUGCCUGUUGUUUUCCUCCAUGCAUCCGCCCUGUGACGUGGGGCAGGACAUGAGCAAAUUCUUGCCCCCCCACACAGUACGUGACUGGUCAGGGUCACCACAGCGCUGCGACACCACUUGCGCACCUCGAUGAUUCGCUACUUGACGGGGGAGCUUACGUGUGAAAUAGGAUUGUGACGGUUGGUUCCCCAAACACAGUCUGCUCUGCCCAGGAGCCUUCAGCGUGGCCCUUGUCUGCUGAACUGAGCUGAGAGGAUGGAGAUGAAAAUUAGAAGGGAGGGAUACAGAAAAAAAGGGGGGAUUUCUUUAACAGUUGGUGAUAAAGCGAGAAGCAAGAUCAUGCUUUACACUGAUGAAGGACGUUAACACAAAAAUUAUGUUUUCUGCCUGUAAGGUCAGAAGUCUUCUGUCUUUUUAGAAAACAUAGGCGACACAAAUAUAACUAACUGAAAACAGAUGUGACAGGAUGUGCUCAUAAUUAUGUUUAACAAUUGUCUGAUGUUUAACAAUUGUCUGAUAAAAUAUAGAUUAAUAUAAGUGCUAAAAUAAUUGGUUUCUUGAUCUAACACAAUGAAACAACUGAAUUGCGUAUAAGCUGCUUUAACAAAUCUCCAUUUUUCACCUUGUCUUCUGGUCUGUUGGCAGUCUGCCAUUAAUGUCAGUAUGUGUAUUUCUGCCAUUAAUGUCAGUAUGUGUAUUCAUCCCCCCCUCUCGCAAGUGUUUUAUUGUGGUAAUUUUCCAGAGCUUGGAAGUUUAGAGGAAGGGGCUUUCUGAUUAUCAGCUGUGUGCAGGGACAAUACUCUUGAACAAAAGGUUGAUGGGCCAAAGCGUUGAUCUUUUUGCGCUAUAUGGGGAAUCUGUCUGACAGAUUGUGAACACAAGGGCAGGAAGUUUUCCUGUCUGUUGAGUUGCAGUUUUGUGAACAGGCACCAGAGAGCAGCAAAGUGUAAAGACAGGUUUAGUUGUAGGUUUUUAAGCAGAAAUAGAAAUCUUCUGAGAGCUUAAAGAGUGAUCCCUCGGGCUCUGUAACUCACCCAAAAGUAUCACUCCUCUGCAGUUUGCCCAUUACCCACGUCAGGAGGACAGAUGGUGGGUGUGCGUGUAUGUGCGUGCGUUGUAGAAAGAAUAGAUGGUGCGUAAAGUUGAGUGACUGCAACCACAACCAUCAGUAUAGCAAUGCAGGCAGCAAUGUCUGCCUCUUACUGCACCUAAAUGAGUACAGUAUUAGUUGUGUGCGUUUGCACAUGACAUAUCACAGUUUUACAAUGUACACAGAUUGUGUUUUUUUUCCUCUGUAGGCGUUUAAAACAUUUUUGUCUCAUUUUAAGUGUGUAGAAAGCAGGUUAACAUGCUGACAAAAAAAUGCUUUUGAAUGGAGAAAGUGUGCUUAAAUGUAGUGAUUAUACCUGAAUGCAAUAGAGUUUGGGUUUUUUUUCCCACUAAGGUCUAGUAGUUUAACCUCGGCCGACUCAUUACUGACUCAAUCUUGUGCUUCACUCGCAUUCUGGCAGCGACCAAUCUGAAACUGAGAGUGAUGUUGGUUUAUUUUUUAUUCAAACUGACUUUUAGAGCACAAGUUAAAAUUUCACUUUUUGUUUUUUUACAGUUGAGCUUAGCUUUUAGUUCAAUAAAAUGUUUAAUUCAUGCCUAGGUUGAGUCAUAAUUUGCUUUCAGUCAGUUACCUUGGAGCAUGCUUAUGUGUGUGUACGUGCUGUUUUCGUGUGUGCAUGUCCUAUGUUUAACAUUGACAUUGCUGAUAAGCUUUUAGGCUCUGAUUGGAUGUAUCUGAUGAGCUGUCUGUGUGAGAGCCAGCAAAUGAAGAUGGGGUUUUGUUUCUGUAUGACAGCAGAGACGCCAGACAGAUGGAGACAAAUGGGAGGCGUCUCCUAUUGUCUAGCAAACAUUUACAGCCGCUCAAAUUCUUUUUCAGCAUAACACACGCACACAUACCUGCUACUCUGUGUUUAUGCUUUGACAAAAUUGUAAAGUGCAAGAUAUUUUAUUUGACGUCCAGUUGUUGCCUGUGAGGACAGGCCUCAGUUACACAACAGCCUAUAGCAAUACAUAUUAUACUGUAGUAGCAUGUUGUGUCUUUUACACACACACACACACACACACACACACACACACACACACACACACAUCCCACACAUCCCACAGGUAGCUGGAUUGAGAAAGAAAGUGCCGACUGCGAGAUGGUCAUUUUGACAGGCAAAGUAAUAGCCAAUUUAGAGAUGGAUGACAUAAGAAUUGGAGCUGUUCAACCGUGCGUGUGUGCGUGCGUGCGUGCGUGCGUGCGUGUGCUUUUCUGUCCCCUGUUCUUACUCUCUCUAGGUUGGUCUCCCCAUCAUCACAGGGGUAUGUGGUUGCUGUGGCAGCAUCACGUUGGCUCAACACGCUCAGUGCAGCCUCUGUUCCUUUUAUUCCUGUCAGCCAACUGACUCACUCUUCCCAGUAAUGUAUUCGAAGCAGUGUUUUUUACUGUUUGAUGUUUGUUCUCUGUCCCUGUGGCUCAUGCUUCUCUGAAUAGGCUUUUAGAAAGCUGCUGUGUUUUUUUGUUAUUUUUUAAAUAUAUUUUUGUGUUUUGGUUUAUCCUGUCUGCGCCAGGUGCCAUCACUCAGUCACAGGCAGGUGUGCAUAAUGUCAGUCGGUGUCCAUUUCGGCCGUCGGUGAAAUAAUUGUGAUAGUAACAGUUUUUAGGUGAACGCAGAGAGAUGACAGCAAUGUUAAGAAGCACGUCUUUGUACGGUUGGCUCGUGUUUGUUUGUCAGUACGCUGUGCUGUGGGGCCACCUGCGUUUGCGUUUGAGAUGCUGGGCAGCUUUGGCUUGUUAAGUGAAUGAUUAUUUUCAAAAACGAGUAUUGGAUUUCACACAGGAUGUAAUGGAUAAAAAGAAUGUUGGAUGUUAGAGCAAACAUAUAGUGGCAGUAGAAUAAAAAAUAAAUGAGCGUGAGGUAAGUUUGUGUUCAUCACAACCACCACUGAGAUGCUAAUCUAAAUGUUACUGGUGCUAUAGUAAUACAUCAGUUUUCAGUGGCAGACAUUGUAUAAGAUCUUUUCCGUUCAAAUUCUACAGCAUUUCAUACUCCAGUGUUCAAAGUGGCAUUUAUUAAGUCAGUCUCUUUGCUUUGACACUGUUGGUUCAGUCAGUCGCCACGUUUGUCUCAUCAUCAGCGCUUUUGUGUAGACUUGAUGUAUGUCGACCUCUGGAACAUGAGUCCGGCUCGGAGGGCAUUAGCUGCUGGCUUUCUGGGUUCAGCUGAUGUGUCCUAUACCUAUGACUAACAUGAAGGGAGGACAUGCUGUUUUAAAAAGUGUUAGCCUUUGUGUAAUUCAUUUAUGUUUUGCUUUGAAAUCCGGGGCUUUUCCAUGGAAAGUAAGCUGUGACAUUAAUUAAAAACCUAAGCCUUGUUUGUCUGUCGUCAGCAUAACUUGUAAAUAGCUGUUUUAAAAAGAAAAAGAAUAUCCCUUGGACAAAAUGCACUGUUGUUUCUCCAACUCAAAACUUUUAUUUAUUUAAACAGAAAUUAUAAAUAUUGGAGAAAUGAUAGUGUACAGUGAUAGAGCCACCGUUGAUGAUUCAUUUUGUGCGCGGGCGACGGCUGUACGGAGGAUUAGCAAACUACACAAUGAAACAAGCUGUCAAAAAGAGAGGCAGUGCCUAAUGACAUCUGUUAACACCUGAUGCAGAACUAGGCUACAAAAUGGAGAGUUUUAUA